UGGUUGCAGGUGUGUGGUGAUGUAAAUGGCUGUCUGCUGGAACAGGCAAGGCUUCUGUCAGCAUCGCUAGAAGCCAAGUAUCAACCAUGGAGGUGAAGGGUCCCUGCGGAAUCUCCUCAACAGGUAAUAUUAGUGGGGCCCCUUUUGACACCUCAUCUAAGCAGAGAGCUCAGCUGAUCUCGGAACUCACAGAGAAACAGCGAGAUCUACAGGAGACGCUGAGGCAGAAAGUGAAUGAACUGCGGAGGCUGUGUCUGCAGGAAGCUGAACUGACCGGGCUGGUGCCUGCGGAGUACCCACUGGAAUAUGGCGAGAGACCUCCAGCUGUCACAAGGAGGCCACGAGCAUUCAGAAUGACCGCUGCAGCGGUUACCAGAGCAGAAGAAGUGCAGUUGGACCGUUUGGAGCGAGAUUUUGCAUUGCAGCUACAGAUGGCGGAAGCUGCCCGAAAGCUGAGCGUUGCUGCAGAGCAGAGUACAGAACUGACUGUGGAACAACGCAGGAAACGCAGACUGGUUUAUCUGGACGCUCUACGCAGGCUGCAGGAGAUAGAGGAACAAAGUAAUAACCUGCGGAGAAAACUGGGCCUAAGGCCUACACAUAGAGUCCCCCACAGUCUGCUCGAUGAAGCUUUCCAAUCAGAAUGCAGUUCAUUAUCUGAUGGGGGCAGCCAUGAUGACAUUCUCGCUCCAGGAAUGAGGCCCUCUCCUCCCCGGAUUGCUGAGCACUCCCGUGCUGUCUCCAAUAGUCCUGAGCGAAGGGUUGGUUGGAAGGCAUCACCUGUGGAAAUGUACUGUGAGAUCCGGAACAGGCGCAACUCCAUGGCCAGCACUGCAAGCCCCACGCGCUCCUUCCCUCGCAGUCUAUCCAGUUUAGAAGGUCGAAGCGUUCCGGCCACGCCCGUCCUAAGCCGAAAUGCCUGCAGCAGCUCUGCACUGAGGUCGGACGGGUCAGGGUUGUCUCAGAGGCAGUGGACAGGAAGUCAAGACUCUCAAGUAGGCUUCCCCAGCGAACGUCCACACACCCAUUCAGCCAGGAGCCGGCGAAGCAACAGUUCUGAAGCUUUGAUAGAGAGACCUCCUCCUGCUGAGACCCAGGGAAAACCUUCCUUCAAGAGUUCAGAAGCCCUAAGUGAUCGCUCUCAGGCUGGUCCCGCACCCACUCACCACCAACAGCGAGGGGCAAUAUCCCCAGACCCCAGAACACCCAACACCAACUCGCGCCUUCCAUAUGAAGAAAUACUGUUAGAUUAUUACAUGGACCGCCAGCAGCAACAACAGCAGCAGACACGAGGGUGGGCGGAAUCAGAAGGUCAAUGGUGGGUGGAACCUGACUCUCCCUGGUGGGCAGAACCUGAUGGUAGUAGCCAUUACUCUAGACGAGACGGCUACUACGAGGGCUAUAUGGGGAGCCCAACCCUUCGGAGUCGUGCCGAGACCCAACAGCGCAGAAACGUUACUCGAAACAAAUCUUGUGGCCCUCAGUUGACUGAUGUUAGUCAUUUUCAGCAGCCUUGGCAUUCCGAUGGCUUCCAACAACGCAGUGCCCCUCAUGUCUCCCAUCCUGGUCCUCGGUCCAGGAGUCAGCCUCGGGCUCCACCACCUGAGACAAUGGAGAGGAAUGUGCACAAAGCUCUAGCACUGGAGGGGCUCCGGGACUGGUACUUGCGCAAUUCAGCAGCAACUGGGGGAGUUCAAAGGGGCCCUAUUCCCUCGCACAUGCAGUACCAGAGAUACUAUCGUCCAGGUUAUCACGAGGGACACUAUCAGACUGGAUCCCCACUUCCACACUCCAUCAGUUUUACUGGGGCCCCUUUGCAUAGCAGGCACUUUUCAGAAUACGUCGAUGAGGAUCUGUACAGCCAGGCCACCAUGGGGAGUCGGGCACAAGGAGAGCGGUCAAGAGAAGGCACACCACCGGGAACUUUAGUCUGACACUGGAUGGCGGCCCUCCCGUCAUGCCUCCCACCACCAAAAUGCCGAAAAUCUUCCUCAAAGAACGAGAGACCCACACUGCUAUUUUGGUUCUUCAGCAAUAAGACUAGUCAGGAGGAGUGAAACAGGACAGAAAUGAUCCCCGCAUAUUAGGCCUCCUUGCUUGUUGGUUCUGUAAGUGCAAUAAGUAGCUACACCGUUUUGGAGGUUUAGUGCGCAGCAAGGGGAGACUGGUCCUCCUGUUCACAAAUGCCAAUUUAACACUCUCUACAAGUGCCUCCCUGGUAGAGGGGGUUUUGUGAUACGUACAGUUUCCAUUUUUCGACCUUGUUCCUAAAUGUUAUGUUAUAUCGUGCGUUCAUUGGCAUUCGUCUUUCUCAGUGUUGGGGGGGGGGGGGGGAAGAAACCAGAUAAUUUUGUGUACAUUUAAUAUUGCUGCCUCUUUGGAUCUCUGUAUCCUUGUGACUUAACUGAGAUAAUACAAAUUUAUCUCAGUGUGAAUUGUAACCUUCAAUAGCAGGAAGUAGAAGAAAAAUAAAGGCAUAGUCUACUCGGACUGGCUAAAGAGUAGUAAACCUCAAUGUAAACCCUGUGCCAAACCGAAACAGCAAAGUGCUUGCUAACAGUCUUGUUUCCCUGCUGUGUAAAACACUGUAUAGUUUGAUAACUUGUAUCCACAAUGAAUGUUUGUAAGUAGAUACACUGGAAAGAAAUCAAUCAUUACAGCUGCUGCAUGAGAAGAUGAGGCUGAGCUGGACUCGUUGCCUCCAUGCUGGUCGGGACCAUUGUAAAAGAAGCAGUUUGUAGUAUCUCUUCUGAUUUUUGUUUUAUUUGUU